UAUGAAGGUGUGUCCAUAUUAUCUCCAUUUUUACAGGUGGAAAAAGAUGAAGCUUAGGUGAAAUAAUUUACCCAAGGUCACAUGGUAAUGAACAAGGGAUUCGAACCAGGGUGGCUCCGGUUCCAGUAUUUGGUGCCGGAAUUAAACAACCACCAUGUUGAGCAAAAAGGCAAAGACCAAGACCACCAAGAAGCGCCCUCAGUGCGCAACAUCCAAUGCGUUUGCCAUGUUUGACCAGUCACAGAUUCAGGAGUUCAAAGAGGACUUCAACAUGAUUGAUCAGAACAGAGAUAAAGGUUUCAUCAACAACAAGGAAGAUUCGCGUGGUAUACUUGCUCCUUUAGGGAAGAAUCCCACUGAUGCAUGCCUUGAUGCCAUGAUGAAUGAGGCACCAGGGCCCAUUAAUUUCACCAUGUUCCUCACCAUGUUUGGUGAGAAGUUAAAUGGCACAGAUCCUGAAGAUGUCAUCAGAAAUGCUUUUGCUUGCUUUGAUGAAGCAGCAGCAGGCACCAUUCAGGAAGAUUACCUGAGAGAGCUGCUGACAACCAUGGGGGAUCAGUUUACAGAUGAGGAAGUGGAUGAGCUGUACAGAGAAGCACCUAUUGACAAAAAGGGGAAUUUCAAUUACAUCGAGUUCACAAGCAUCCUGAAACAUGGAGUAAAAGACAAAGAUGACUGAAAAGAACUUUAGCUAAAACCUUCCAAUUACAUUGUCUUACUCUGUUUUGUUUCUCACACACUUCCCCCACCCUCAUAGAACCUGUUGCAUGCAACUUAGCUUCACAGCUUUGCCUCUUUUUUUUUUUUUAUGUAUUUAUUCCAGAACUUUCUGCCACUUAGCACUUGUAUAAUCAGACUGGAAAUGAGGAUGAAGGCAUAAAUUGUAUUGAAAAAGAGAUCGCCAAUAAAAAUCAACAAAUGUGAAAGCCCCCCC